AUGCAGGCUAACCUUUCUGAAGAUAAACUAAAAUUGAUUCAAAAAAAUUUUAAUUUAGUUGAUAGCAACAAAGAUAAAAAAAUUGAUGAAAAUGAAUUUAAAACAUUAUUAAGAUUAAUGGGACAGACCAAAACGGAAAAGGAAUUAAAUACAAUUAUUGAAGAUCAUUUCGAUGAUGAAAGUGAAGAUAAUGAAAAUAACAAGAAAGGAAAUAACAUAAAUAAUGAUUCCUUAAAAUUAGGGAAUGAUGACGAUAUAAAAAAAUUAAACUUAAAAAUUAAUAGUAUAAAGAGUGAAGUUAAAAAAAACAGUAGAAAUAAUAUGAAAAACAAUACAAAAAUGAAUGAAUUAACAAAAAAAAAAAAAAAACCUAUUAAUUUUGAAAAGUUUUUGAAAUUAUUUAUGUCAACUUAUACUGAACCUAUAUCCUUUGAUGGACUAAUUAAAUCUUUUGAAAUUUUUGACAAUGAAAAAAAUGGUUAUAUAAAUUUGGAAAAAUUCAAAUAUAUUUUAAUGAAUUGCAAUGAAAAAUUAAUUGAUGAAGAUAUUAAUUUAUUUUUAAAUUUAAUUAAAUUUAAAGACAAUGAUAAAAUUGAUUAUGUUAUGUUAUCUAAAAAAUUAAAAAACAUAUAA